AUGGCGUCAGAGGCCGAGGAGAAGCGCUGCCCGCACGGCGUUCACCAGAUGCAGCCGUUCUACGAUCGUGUGGGCAUGACGCUGAUCCUGAGCGAGCUGACCCCAGAGCAAAUUCUCAAGCUGGGCCACGACACCCCACCCGCACCACUCGUGUCAGGCAUGCACGAGCUCUUGUGGGAGGCCCACGAACAAUUGUCCCAGCACGGCCUGGCGGCUGCUUCCGUGGCGUCCUUGUUCGAAGAUGAAGAGUUGCAAGUUGAGCCACAAACUUUACCCCAAGUAUCUCCUGGCACGAUGAGCAGAUACCUAAACAUUGGAGCGCGGCUGGUGCAUUUUAUACUGCUACUGGACGCACUGCCAGCCCCCGAGCCAUCCAGCUUUUUGAGCCAGGUGCUCGCCAGCCGUGGGGAGGCCAUAACUACAGCUGCUUUGGCCGUGCAAGACGCGCUGGAUGCGGGACUGAGCGGGGAGGAUCUUGUCGAGCCCUUGGCGGCUCUGUGGCUGGCACUGGUGAAUGCAGAGCUACACCUCUUUGACAACGACAAGGUGCACUUUGUCAACGUGUUUUUGUUGUGCACGGCCGUGUCCAAGGGAAGCGGUGUCUUGCAGGACAUCCGGCGCUGGACCACAACGCUGGCCGGCCUGAUUUACAUUUUCAAGCUGUUUUUGCUCCGGUUUGGCAAGGCACAGCGAUGGGCCACUGCGGGUAAACUCAGGCCUUUUCUACAGUCUGGACGGCUGGUGCAUUUUCUGAGCCAGCGCAUGACGGCGGCUCGCUCUUCCAGCACGGCCGAUGGGCAGGUUGGAGUGGAUAUUGACGUGCAAACGGACGGUGACAUGACGGACGAGGCGCUGCACACCAUUGUUUGUCAGGGUACUGAACUCAACGUGAAAGAGAUUGGGACCGCCCUGGUACAGAUGCGCAACGAUAUGAAAGAAAUUUUAGACACCCACCUCUUGCUGGGAUCGGAUCUGCGAGAGCGACAUGCUCUCGAGUGUGUCCGGCUACGGUCGAAGGAGGAUCGGACCAACAGGGUCAAGAAUUGUCGCCAAGUCGAGGCAUUGCUGUCGCUGGCGGCGUGGUUCAGCGUGGGGCAACCAUCAGUAUCGCGUCAUCAACAAGAGUCGCGGAUCACCAUCGGUCAAAGAAACUUUCUUUUAAAACGAGCGGCACUCGAUGGCAAAUUUUGCUGUCCGAUUUACGGCUGCAAGAAGCGCUACCCCAAGGCUGAGGGCGUGAGACGGCACAUCAGAGCAAGGCACAUGGCUAUGGCAGAGAAUACUUCUGCCGAGCUGGGCGGCAUGCUCAUUCACAGCCCCGCUUCGGAGAUCAACAACGCUCCAAAGUCGGUCAUUGGAGCGCCUAAACGCCGAUAUCCUCAUCAUCAAGUUUCCUUGGGCAAAAAUGCUGAUGCAUCGCGCGCCAAAAUGUAUCUGGAAUCGCUUGGUCUGGCUCUGGAUGAGUACGAGUGGAUACUGAUUUGCGGCAAGUGCGCGUACGCAUUGAGCGAACACCCAGCCCAGCACCUGAAGCGCCACUGCCUGAACGUAGAAGAUGCAGACAUAUCGCUUGCCAUGGACCUCAUCAAGGAAGCAACGCCACGAAAGUGCUCGGCCACUUCUGCUCGAAACUGCUCGGCCAUUUCGGCCAAGGCCAUCAAAGCGUUUGAUUCUGCCUG